AGAGGAAGAAGAGCGUGAGGAGGAGGAGGAAGAGGAAGAAGCAGCAGCCGGGUCGUCUCCCGGUGGCCCGUUGCUAACUCGGUUUCCAUGGAGAUCGGUUUCAGUUUCCCGGAUGUUCCAGUUUCCUCUGUUCAACAUGGCGUCGGGAAAGUAAGACUUCGGCUAAUGUCACAUAGUUUGGCCUGAAGUUAGCCCGCUCCCGCCCUUCUGACCUCGGAAAGUCUCUCAGCACGUCGCGGGGUCGGCAGAAAAAGUUUUCCUGGGACUUCCUGGUCUGAUGCUUGGCUGCAGCCGCCGUCAUGUUUGCCAAAAAGAAGAAGUCUCGUAUCCAGAUCUCAGCUCCGUCCAACUUUGAGCACCGCGUGCACACGGACUUCGACGAGCAGGAGCAGAAGUUUGUCGGGCUGCCGCGACAAUGGCAGUCGCUCAUCGAAGACACGGCGCAGAGGCCCAAACCCUUCAUCGACGCGACCGUCAUCACUACCGUAGAGCCGCGAAAGACCAUCGUACGCGGCAGCAAGAUGGGGAUGGACUCUCUGACGUGGCUGCUGGAUGAGUUCGACACCAUGUCCGUGACUCGCUCCAACUCCCUGCGGGGAGCGAGUCCUCCCACGCAGCCUCGCAGGGACUCAAGCUCUUCGGUAGGAGGUCCAGGGCACGAGAACGGAGAUCCUCAGCACAGACACUACACAGACAGACAAGACAGAGACCGACCCAGACAAGACCAACAGGGCGGAGGUGACCCCCGCCUCCAAAGUCAGCGUGCGGUCCGUCCUCCUCACACAGAUGAGAUGAUCCAGGGCCGCCCCCAGCAGCAGCCCCGGGGCCAAGAGCCCAACAGGGCCCAGAGGGACAGACCAGUUCCUCCUCCACCCCCUCACAGAGACAGACCGUCUCGGGACCGAGGCCAGGACCACGGGGCUCACCGGGAUCAACCUUAUGACCACAGGCCAAAGUCCAGCUACGUGGCACGGGACAGCAGCCCUCAGUCUCCCAAGGACAAGAGGCCUCUCUCAGGACCCAGCAUACGCACCCCAAACCUGCCAGUGACUGAGGGGGUGAUGAAGACUGCUCAGCAGACCGCACGGCCAUUUAACACAUACCCGAGGACGGAGAGCGAAGGCGGACGCAGCCCUACGGGACAGGUGGGUCGACACCAUGAAUCCUCCCCUCAGAACGGCCCCUCUGCCGGCUCCACCCGAGGUUCCUCCGGCUCCAAGCCCCCUAAAAGCCACCCACACCCUCAUCACUCUUCCCACCCCAUCCUGGUUCCCGAGUCCUCCCUCCCUCACACCCCUCACCCCAACGUUCCAGCCCCACGGCCCCCUGCGCCCUCUGGGCCCGCAGCAUCAGGCGCUCCUCCUCAGGGCCGCUCACCACAGAGGGAGCCCCAGAGAGUUUCCCACGAGCAGUUCAGAGCGGCGCUGCAGAUGGUGGUCGAUCCGGGUGAUCCGCGGACCUACCUGGACCACUACAUCAAGAUCGGUGAGGGGUCCACAGGGAUUGUGUGUAUCGCUACGAUGAAGACCACGGGCAAACUGGUCGCAGUGAAGAAGAUGGACCUGAGGAAACAACAGCGCAGAGAACUCCUCUUCAACGAGGUGGUGAUCAUGCGGGACUAUCAUCAUGAGAACGUGGUGGAGAUGUAUAACAGCUACCUGGUGGGAGAUGAGCUUUGGGUCGUCAUGGAGUUCAUGGAAGGAGGAGCUCUCACCGACAUCGUGACACACACCAGGAUGAAUGAGGAGCAGAUCGCCACGGUCUGCCUGUCCGUCCUGAAGGCGCUGUCUGUCCUCCACACACAGGGUGUGAUCCACAGAGACAUAAAGAGCGACUCCAUCCUUCUCACUCACGAUGGUCGGGUGAAGCUGUCAGACUUCGGUUUCUGCGCCCAGGUGUCUAAAGAAGUGCAGAGGAGGAAGUCUCUGGUUGGAACGCCAUACUGGAUGGCACCAGAGCUCAUAUCCAGACUACCAUACGGACCGGAGGUGGAUAUCUGGUCUCUGGGUAUCAUGGUCAUAGAGAUGGUGGACGGAGAGCCGCCGUACUUCAACGAGCCGCCGCUCAAAGCCAUGAAAAUGAUUCGAGACAACCUUCCACCCAAGCUGAAGAAUCUGCACAAGGUCUCCCCCCUCCUCAAAAGCUUCCUGGACCGGAUGUUGGUGCGAGACCUGGCUCAGAGGGCCACCGCCAGCGAGCUCCUCAAGCACCCCUUCCUGUCCAAGGCGGGGCCGCCGUCCUGCAUCGUGCCUUUGAUGCGGCAGAACAGGAUGAAAUGAGAUGAUGCGCGACACUAAGACCUCUGGACUCUGGAGGAGAGGGUGUUACAGAAUACUCCUGCACACACAGGCGUGACGCUCAGAGGUCAGAGGUCACAGACAGCAGAUGUGAAGACAGCGUGUGCAGGAGUAUUCUGUUUCUUAUGUGAGUCACUGAAGUGCAGGGACAGAAUUCCCUAAAACAAAAAGAGGCAAUAAGGUGGAGUGUGUGUGUGUGUGUGUGUGUGUGUGUGUGUGUGUGUGUGUGUGUGUGUGUGUGUGUGUGUGUGUGUGUGUGUGUGUGUGUGUCAGAGAGGAGCCUCCUGUAAACACUUUUACCUGAAGAGCCUCGUCUGGAAACAUUCAGAGCUGUGGAUCUGUUCCUUUCUCCUAUCUGUGGACCUUACCUGGAGCUGAGGUGUGAAGGUUUUGCACACCAGUCUGAUGCUUUGAAGGAGCCGAGAGCCCAUUGGCUGAUUUAUUUUUUCUGUAAACCGAAUUUCUUUAUUUUCCCACUGCAAAGAUUCGGAGACGGUCCUCGUCACAGCCAGAACGUUACUACUGAGAGAGGAAACGUGGCUCCGACUUUAUUUUGUAGCCUUAAAAACACUAAAGUUCCUGUUGUAAACACACAAACGUACACUAAGUGAAAGGUAAACACUGGAGUGUUAAUGUUCUUCUUUCCUCCUGAUUUCCUGUGUAAGUACAAUGAAGAUAGAGAUCAGUCCUGAUGUUGUACUCUCUCUAUUUUGUGAUUGAUUAUUGUUAUUAUUAUUAUUCUAAUGUGUUUGUUUUAGAGUGAGGUGUGGUGAUUUUGUAAGCACUGUUGAUGAGCGAUAGCAGCUGAACUGCAGCUGAUUUCUGUUGUGUUUAGUUUGGAGGAGCGCGUGCAGCAGCCCCUUAAACCUGACUGGAUCUGAAUGAGUGGCCUCCUGAUUUUGGAGCUUUCUAACUCGUUUAUUUUGUUUUGUUUUAUUAAAAACUCGACGCUCACGUCACAAACUGAUGGCUUAGAAAAUGCAGAAAACGAGCCUGAGCUGGUCGCUCACUGAGCUGUGUUUAUCCUUUCAGAUCUUCUCGUUGCUUUGAUCGUUUCAUGUUCGAUUCCCCUCCUCUGACAGAACGUAACACCGGCUCUUUGUCAUCCAGAGGCUUUUAUUUAUAGGAUGAUCUUAGCACUGCUCCAGCUCACAGAAAGGAGCGUUACUGAUGAUUAAGAAAAGCAGCUUUGUUGAGUUUAUAUCUCGAUGAGCUGUGCUGCUCACACUCCCACUGAGAGUGUGAAGAUGUGGGAUUAUUUCAGUGUUUGCCUUUACUUGGCUUGCCUGUAGGCUCUGUGUAAGCAGACCACCGGGUGGAUAACAGCGGAGCUUCAACACUCCCGGCUGCUAAUAAACACUAAAGGAGGAAUCAGACCUGUGGCACAGAUUUACCCUUUAAAGGGACGGUUCACCAAAAUCCCACUUAUUUGUCCUCUGGAAAAAAUAUGUGUUAACCACUACAGCAUCUGCCUUCUCUUUAAUAUGAGGGAACUAAAUGGUUCUCAGGGCUCGCUGUGACUGCACCCGGUUACCCACUUUUUUCCUGCGUCUGCCAGCGAGAAGCAGCAUGUCAGAGCGUCGGUUUAAUCAGCUCCUGAGGACAAACUGCAGGAAAAGACCGAAGCACAGUGGCUUCAGUGUUUUCAUUGUAACACCCAGUUUAGCUACAAAGAAGUUAUUACAAUAUUUGGACCUUUGACCCCAUUUUGUGACAGCGCAGACUUCAGCGUGUAACUGUGGGUCUGCAAAGCUCGAGCCUCUCACCACGGGCCGCUGCACACUUCCCUCUGCAGAACAAUAACCUUAACAUUAUUAUUACUAGUAGCAUGCAUAUAUAUAUCAUUAUGAUUGUUGGAAGGGGCGUCACCACUGACUGUAUCAGUGCUUCCAGGAAGGUGACUGCAUUUACUCCCAUAUAUUGAAGAGAAGGCAGACAUUUCUGUGCCGCUCACACCAAAACCACACAGAUAAACCCGCUCUGCAAACCAGCUUAAUAUUUAUUGAAGCUGUGCAUAAAUUUGCUUUCAUAGUGUGAAAUGUUUCAGGCCCUGAAGAGCAUAAAAUUUUGCACUUUUAAUUAAAAACACUAAAAAAAAAAAGCUCCUGUGUACUUGGAGGGCCUGUAGCUCUGAAAGUAUGAAGGUAAAGUGCUGCAGGGCUUCUUUAAAUGUUCUGCAGAUACUGUAAAAGAAGCAGAUGAUUUUUUUUUGGGGGGGGUGGAAACCUGAGACGGUUUGAUGCUGUAGCAGGGACAGCCUCCACGUCCGGCCAGAGCUCGUCAGGCUGCUUCUGUUGAACUGGAAACCUGGAAUACUUCAAACGAUGACCACAGAGAAGCAUUUAGCACAGUCCUCCUCCUCCUCCUGGAAAUACUGAGUGGCUUACAGCACACUUGCUGUACUCGACAUAGAUUUACAUGGUGAACGUGCUGAAACAGCAGCUCUCUGACCAACAUCUUUGAGGGUUUGUGCAGAGAGUAGCAGCACAGAGUAGAAUUAUGUAGGCAGGAAGUAGUUUUUUUUAGUUCUAGCUCAUUGUUUCCUAACAUGUCAGCUGUGAUUUGCAGGCCUCUAAAAUUACACUCUAAAGGGAACCUGUUCUCCGCAGCACCACGUUUCUUAUUUCUGGGCUCUACUGCACUGGCUUUGCAUGAUUAAUAGUCCAAAAUCACCCUUAUUGAUCCCAUUGUUUUAGCUCCUCCCCCUUUAAACCAGCUUUCUUCUCAUUAGGAGGAGUCAUGUCCAUUUUCAUAGUGUCUUAUCCAGCUCGGUGCUGGAGGCUCUCCCAGCUUUAAUGGGGGGAGAAGAGGGGCACGGAUGUGACAGUGUUUUGACUAUUUGAAUAAUCAUUAAAAAAUAAUUUCCUUUAUAAUUUAAUUAUGACACUUUCCCUUUAUUUAAAACCACAGACUGUAUAUAAAUGAUGGACGUAGCCACCACACAGCAUCAUGAUGAAGCCUCGAGCUGAGCUGGUCAGAAUCAUCAAACUAUCCACUGAUCCGAUAAACCCAUCAGCGAGCUCGCCGAGGUCACACAGCUGGGAGGCGGGGCUACUUUCCCAUAGACUUUCAUACAACCUGAGCAGCUUGAGCUCUGGUCUGACACGGGCCGAUUAAUCAGUUUAAUCAAUCGAGCCGCAGAUGGAUGGUAAACAGAGGUUUGCUCACUCUUCAGUUAUUUCUGUUGUGUUUGAGUACCUUUAAAAACAGGACACACAGUCCUGGCGAUUUCCCUUUGCUUGAAGGCCAAAAACAUCUUUGGGACCGACUGCUCGCUGUCUGAAACUAGGCUGUGUUUGCAGGGUUUUUCCAGCCUUUAAACAGGCAGUGAAAGUGCACGUGAACCAGCUGAGUCUGUGUCACCUUCACUGGUAGAGGGAGGAUCCCUGUCCUCUGUGCAGCAGUGCAGAGAACAGGUUCCCUUUAACGAGGAUCGCAGCAUCACCCCCACACUGUUUCACUCUUCUUCUUCUGUGAUGUAGACCCCAUCAGGCUGCACCGUAACAUCGAUGAAACGCAACUUUAACCUCCAGUCGUGUUAACGUGUUGAAUUCUUUCUCCUCGGGCCUCAGCACUAACGUACCCGUGCCCUCCUGCAGCGGAGGCAGAAAAAAUUAUUUUCCACCUCCUAAAAACGUGCGCUCUGAUAUUUUCCGCGCCCGAGCUUUAACUGCGUGCUUUGUGCCACCACAGGAUGAACGUAUGUUAAUUGUAAACCUUUUUUUUCCUUCUGCAGAAGCAUCCGCUCAGCUGAAAAGUCUCGCGGGCGUUUUUUUUCUUUGUCUCCUUGGCAGCUCUCCGAGCUGUAAAUCAUCAUCCUGAGCUGUUCUGCGGUGAGAAGCAGAACAGGCCGGUAAUGAGUCACCGAGUACGAAAUGUGGAGCUGGAUGACAAUCAGCUGCAGAGAGGUGGUCUUUAUUGAGCAGAGAAACACUUCCUGCUCUCGAGCCCAGUCUGAAUUCAGCUGUAAGCUGCACAUCUUCACACUAACUAACAUGAAGACUGGCUGCUCGUUCUGCUGUUUUUAUUGGGUGUUUCCUGCUGUACUACAUAAGUGAUUGCAGUGACUGGAUCAUACUGGGGCCACUGGAAAAACAGCCUGAGGGUCCAACUCUUAAUGGUUGAGCUAAGAUUUGAUUGGAUGCCACAGACCAGUCAGCCACAACAUUACACACCCACCCCCAGUCCUGUGUGGGUCCCCAUUGUGCAGCUCUGGUCUGUCUGGGAAGGGGCUGGAGGCUUUUGGGGCUCAGAUUUUAGCACCAUCAGAGGGUCGUGGUUCAAACCCGGGCAGUUUGCCUGGAAGCUCUAUAGGAUAUAACAACCUUCUCCAUAGAGACAGAGUUUAUUUCCCACUUGCAGCAUGCGGACAGAGAACAUCCAGGAGGGUGUUUGGGGUCAAAGGAAGCUCCAGGUGAACGCCAGGACCAGAACGUGUUCACCUGUCAGAGGUUUGGAUGUUGUGGCUCAUUGAAACUGCAGUUACUGUUUGUUCAGCUUUAGCUUCAGGACGUGCAUCACGUUCCCCCACUGGUUUAAUUUGUCACCUCGCUGUCCUCAGACCUGCGAGACGCCGGCAGACGUGACAUGGACGCUUCGCUUUCAUAAUUUUUAACUUUAUUCUCCAAAUGUUUCACCUGUUUUUCUACCAUAGAAAACAUGUUUGAGUCACACAGAGAGACACUCACCCCCCCCGGGGUGAAGGUCUACUAUGGAAACAAUACAAAUCAAUCAGUUUUUGGAUGUUAGUGUGCAGGACUCCUUAAGUUUCAAUCUUUCUGUUGAUUUUCCUCCCAAACAGCAGCACUGAUCCCAGGUCAGUGUGAGUCUCUUUAUGUGGUGACAGUUUUGUCGGUGUGAAGACGCUCGUCAUCUUUGUGUUGGUUUUUUUGUCUCACCCCCGUUUGAUCUCCUUUCCUUCAUCAAUGUGAAACGUGUUUAUGGUGUGGCAGGUUACCUGAGGUUACCUGUUACUCCAUUUCUGUGGCCCAGAUUCUGCUGCUGUGUGCAGACGUGUCCGGUUUCGUGCCUUAACCUUUAUGACGACUAACCGACUCUGACGCCGCGCCCGCCGGGGUCCUCCUCUCAUCUCACAUGUCUGAGAAGUCCUCAUCCUGUAAACUGUGACAGCUCUCACUGACAUCAGAUCAUUGAUGGGGGCUCAUCCCUGACAGGAGGGGUCCGGUCCAAAGGGACUUUUUCAGGAAGCAGGGCCGCUGGGUUUCAGGUUCCUGGGUCCUGAGGUUUUCCUGCUUCUUGGAAAACUCCUGCAGGACCUCCCUCAGAUUUCCACAGUGAAUGUAACGGACUGGAAUAAAACACGAGGGGAACAAAUGUUCAGAUUUCUGGUGACUUCUUGUUGAAAAUCAGUUUUUGUUGCUGUUUUGUGAGCAUACGAGCGACUGUACCUGCACCCUGUUGUUUUUGUAAAUUUCACUGGUAUUGUAUAAACAUAGAUUUCACUCUGCAAAUUUUACUUUUUUGCAAAUACAGUUUUUGUAAAAGA